GGGUAAGUUCAGCUGAACAUUAUCAGUGAGUUGCUGUUCUCUGCAGCUCAAUAUUCAGUCCUGACAGUAGUAAACAAUAACUUAAUGUCACUGCUUUCGCCUCAGAGUUCAGUUUGAAUGAAUGUGGGUCACUCGACGCGUUCCAUCUUCUAACCGUAGACAUGGACAGAACCUGUUGCGUGUGAAUCUGUUUUCCUUUAGUUCCAUGAUGGUCUGCACGGCCUGGAGCAGACCAACAGUGAAAGAAUCACCUGAAUAAUUUCUAAUGGUUCUGUUUGCACAGCAGCUCUAGGACCAAAGGCUUGUGCCAUCCCUUAUUUCUUUAUUUUGCCAAAAAAAAAUGAUUUGAAGUGAUUUAUUGCAAUGUGCAAACAUAGAUGGACAGUACAUUAUGGAAAAAAGAUUCUAAAGAUAAAUUAUACAGCCUGACUUUUUUUUUGCUAUUACAAAGGCUGUCUGCAAUGUGUAGACAUAAUAAUGCUUCAUCCCCUGGGAGCAGACCAAAACUGGCAAAACAAGCAGGAAACCGGUAAACGUUCGAGUUUGAGUCUUUCCAACCGCUAUACCACACCAUACCACGUGGGGGCGGUAUAGUGCCUAACAGCUAAUGGCCAAUCGUCUUCAAACACACGAAGAAGAGAGGAAGCGGAGGGAGAGGGUGGAAACAGCUACCCCACACUUGACUUCAUUGAAUGAGAUUCAACAUCAAUUAGCGUUUGUUUUGGGUCAGUGUUCUGCACACAGAAUACGCUCACAUUCUGUCAGAAGAACGCGGAUAGAGAUUUUUACACCCCUACAGAUCAAGGACUGUGUUUGUUUGUAGGUGACGAGCUGGCGCAGGUUGUGGGUUUUUCUUGGAUAAUGCGAGACAGUGGUGGUAGCCUAGCCCAGAACCGCUGGCAGAGAGACCUGGGUCUGACCGCUGUGGGGCAGAACGACACAGGAGGAGGUGGGAUUCCAGCGGACCGCCUCAUAGUCCCAGUGUCAGAUCACAGUGUAUCCACCCCCAUGCACCUGAGACUGGAACAUAAAGAAAAGGUGUGGACGGGUGAAUAUGUAGUGGAUGAGGAAGAUGGCAUAGGUGGGACUGAAGCUGUAGGUGACGAUGAAGUUAACAACUUUGAUGGGGAAGACAUGGGUAAGUUUGACAGCAAGAGUUUGGAAAACAACGAGGAUGAAGAUGUUGAAGAGGAUGGAGACCAGGAGGUGGAGGAGUGGGGAAUCUCAGAUUUUUCUUCCCAGUCUUCCGAGCACCUUCAUUCACAGCAGCACGAUCAUCAGAGACCAGAACAGAAGGCUGAAGAGAUCGGCGAGGCCCCCGUAGCUCACGCACUAAGCCAGGCUGAAGCGGGAGACUUGUUUAGGUCCCGCCUAAGCAAGUACAGGGCUCUGAGAAGACUCGGGCGCUUGCAGCGUUUGCGAUGCCGUGGAGGUCUUGGAUUUCGGCUCUCUCAGCACUGGAAGAGCUGGCGCCAGCAGGCCCGGUGGAUGUGCUCCGUAAGACACAGGUGGAGCCACAAAGGGCAAAGGAACACUCAAAGAGAACAGAGGAGACUGAAACGGUAUGAGGGCCCCCCGUACGGGCACGAGGAGUAUGACGGCAGUGAUGACGGGCACACAGAGUCUGACAGAGAUCAGCAAAUAAACGGCUCCUCCUCAGGAAAGCAGGAGGACCGAGUGACCCUGGAGGCAGAGGUCAGGCCGGCAGAGCUGGCUCUUACUGAAGAACACACAAGUUGUGUGAAUGGUAUUCUGGAAGAGUCGCUACGGCAGUACGGCAGUUUGAUCCCCAUCCACGUGGAUGAUGUUGUGGAGAAACUUCAGGACAUCUUCAAUGAAAACUUCUCACACCCACACAGAAAAGCAGUGGUCCAACAUCUAAUACACUCCUUCCACCGCUCAUCAGGAUCUGUUGUAGCUAAAACCUUCAGAGUCAACUACAAGCGGCAUGUUCUGACCAUGGACGACCUGGGCACUCUGUACGGACAGAACUGGCUCAAUGACCAGGUGAUGAACAUGUACGGUGAGCUGGUCAUGGACUCUGUGCCAAAGAAGGUGAGGAAGCUGCAAACGAAACUGUUGCAGCUUGUGCUGUGGAUGGUUUACCUACCCACAGUUAUUAUUGUGUCGUUGCAAAAGCCAUAUGUAACAUCUUCUGAGAUUUUUCAGCCUUGUUUGAACCUUCUGUGCUGAACACACUGAAACCAUGUUUCACUCGAUACAUCAGUGCACAAGAUCAACUACAUCAAAUACUUGAUGUAUCAUAAUGAAAACAGCCACUCAGAAUAUAUAAACUGAGUAUACAAAGAUCUUACAGCUGUGAUAUGUUCCUUCGUUUUUCAUUGUUAUUAUGGUAAAUAUUUUUGUGGAGGGUCUAAUAACUGAAUAAUAAUAAUAUAUUUAGUGCAGAAACUAUUGAUUAUUUGAAUUGGUGUAGUUGAAUUCAGUGUUAUUUAUAGAGCACCAAAUCAACACAGUUGCCUCAAACCGCUUUAUAUUAUCAGGUUGGAGAUCCUACAAUAGUGCAAAGAAAACAGAGAAAAGCCAACAAUCACAUGACCCCCUAUGAGCAAGCGCUGUGGUGACAGUGGGAAGGAAAAACUCCCUUUUAACAGGAAGAAACCUCCGGCAGAACCAGGCUCAGGGAGGGGCGGGGCCAUCUAACGGGAUCUGUUGGGGUGAUGGAGGAAGACGGGACAAGGACAAGCUGUGGAAGAGAUUAAUAGUAACUAACGAUUCGGUGCAGAGAGGUCUACUAACACACAGUUGUUGAAGAAGAAACACCC